AUGUUCCCUUGGUCAGCCAUAUCUACUGUGAGUCAGCCUUGUGUGUCUUUUUCAGUCAUAUUUACUGUGAGUCGGCCUUAUGUUCCGUUGGUCAGCCAUAUCUACUUUUUGAUUCCAAUCUCUAUACUCAAUCUGUCCAUAUCUAUCUAUCUAUCUAUCUAUCUAUUUAUCUAUCUAUCUAUCUAUCUAUUACUUUUUCUUUUGAUUUUUUUCUCAUUUUCAUGCAUUUAUUAUGCCUAUUCUUUCUUGUCUCUUUUUUAUUGUAUUUUUCUUAUUCUUUCUUUCUUCUUCCUUUUCUUUAUUUCUUUCCGUUCUAAGGUUCGUUGUUCUUUCUUGGCUUCGUUGUAUUGUUCUUUAUUGGUUCCUGUUUUAUAUUCUUUUAUCUCCUUUUUUCUUUCCUUCUCAUUUCUUUGCCCUCUUUUUUUUCUUUUCAUUCUCUUUCCCUUUCUCUCUUUUCUUUUUCUUUUAUUCUUCUUUGCUUUAUCUUUCUUUUCGUCCUCUCCUUUACUUUUCUUUUUCCUUUCUUAUCCUCUCCUUCUCAUCUUCUUUUCUUCAUCCUUUUUCUUCCAUUUUUCGUUCUCCUUUUUCUUUCCUUUCUUCUCCUCUAUUUUCUUAUCCCUUUUCCUUUCAUUUCUACAUUUCCUCUCCUUCCUUUUCUCUUUCUUUUUUCUUGCUUUGUCUUUUUCCUUCUUUCCUUCCUUUCUGUCUUCUUUUAUCCCUUCUUUUUUUUCAAUUUUAAUCUUUUAUUUUUCAUUCUUCUUCCUCCUCCUCUUUCUUCCGCUUCUACAUUCCCAUCAUAUUUCUUCUCUUCCUUCCCUCUCAUUAUUCAGUCUUUCCUUUUUUCUUUUCCUUCCUCCCUUCCUUCUUUCCUUCCUUCCUUGUUUCUUUUUGUUUCUUUCUUUUCUUUUUUCUUUCUUUAACUUUUCCUCUCCUUGCUUCUUGUUUGCCUUCUUUUAUUCCUUUUUUCUUUUCCUGUCCUUCCUGUCACCAUUUCUGUCGUCACUUAUUUUUUUUUCUUCGUUUUCUCUUCUUCUUCUUUUCAUACCUUGUUUUCUUUCCUAUCUUCCUCUCUUUCUUUCCUUCAUUCUUGUCUUUUUGUUUCUUUUUACCUCUUUCUUUCUUUCUUUCUUUCUUUCUUUCUUUCUUUCUUUUUCUUUCUUUCCAUCCUCCCACCCUUCUUCUUUUUAUUCCUCCUCCUUAUCCUCUUUUACCUAA